AUGGCAUGUGGAGGGGGACAGGUUUCAGUUUCUUGUAGUCUUUGUGAGGAGAACACUAAAAUAGAAUGGAAGUGCCUAAAUUGUGACAUGCUCAUGUGUGAAAAAUGUAAAGAGAAAAUUCAUGUGAAAUUCAAAUUUGCCAAGGAUCACAAAGUUGUAUCUAUCCAGGAAGUGGGUCUCCAUGCAGAAGAAGUAGAUUUUUCCAGUAUAAGUUGUCAAAAUCAUUUAAAACAGACAUGCUUUAUGUUUUGCAAAUCCUGUGACUGUUUAGUAUGUCCCCUUUGUAUCUCUGAAACCCAUAAUGGCCAUGGUUUGGUAGCCAUCAAAGAGGGAUAUGAAAUCCAUACCAACAAAUUGAAGUCAGGACAAAAGAAUAUAAAAACUAAAAUAGAUGAGCUGAAGAAAAGAAAAGCAGAAGUCAAAGAUAUUGAAAGCAGUGAACAUUCAAGAUUGGAAAAUGUCAUGAAGAAAAUAGAAACUCAGAAAAAUGAACUAAAGAAAGAAGUUGAUAAACACAUAGAGAAAUUAAAAUUUGAAGUAAUGAAAAGAUGGGAAGCUCUUCAUCAAACUACCAAAAAAGAAGAAAAUGAAGUGACACUUCUGAUUGGAAGUUUGGAAUCCCAAAACUCAGAGGUUGAAGAUAUCAUCCAAUCAAAUGAUGGCAAGAGAGUCUUUGUGGAUGGUUUGGGGUUAGUUCAAUCAAUGGAGGAAAUCAUCACACUACCUGGCACCAAGUUUGAUUCUAUUCCAAUAUUUCUACCUGGAGAGAUAAAUGCUUAUAACAUUGGUUCAUUACAAAAUGUUUCAAUAAAGGGUGAAAUCAAAAUUAUAAAAGAAUUUUGCUCUAAAAUCUCCAGCAUACGUCAUAUAGCAGCUGGUUUUGAAGGUACAUUGUGGAUAAAGGACAAAAACGUACUACAGAAAGUUAAAAUAGAAGGAAGCAAAUUGAAGGUAAUUUAUCAAAUAGAGGUUGAAGUCCUUGGUAUGGCAUGUACUCAAUCUAAAGAUCUCCUUUUUAUACCAGGAGGAUCUUUACUGAAGCAGAUAAGUGGUCAAACUGGUGAGGUGACUGAUUCCAUUUAUGAUGUUAAACAAGGACUAAGAAUAUCAGCUGUUCAUGUAAACCCAGAUGGAAAAGUCACUGUUGGUGCUUAUAGUGGGGAUUUAGUUUACCCAGCCAAUGGAAGACGGGUUGUGGUUGUUUUGGAUAGAAACGGGAAACAGGAAAAUAUAUACGAAUUUGACAGACAUGGAAAUCCCAUAUUUACACAUAUUAGGAAUAUAACCAUAACAAAGAAUGGUAAUAUCUGUGUAUUGGACAGAUUAUCUGAGGAUGAUAUAGCCCUUGUAGGCAGAGUGGUUAUACUGAAUAGGAAUGGAGAUGUUCUAAAUACCUUCAGUGGCCAUCCAGAAGUUAACACAGACAAAAAACCUUUUGAACCAUACCGUGCAUUCACUACAGAUUCUGACAAUAUUGUAGUUUCAAACUUAGCUUCUUCUAUUUUAUAUUUUUUUAAUUCUUCUGGAAAUUUAAUUAGAUGGUGUGAUAUUAGCAAAUUUGUAGUAUUUAUCCCAUCAGCUUUUUGUGUUGCUGACUCUAGACAUACUUUCAUAGGAUGUGCAGCAGCUGAAGGCAAUAAAGCCCAAAUAUAUGAAGUGAAAAUUUCAUGA